AAGGGUUGGACUCGAUGAUCUCGGAGGUCUUUUCCAACCCAAUCGAUUCUAUGAUUCUAUGAUUCUAUAAAUCCUGUUACUUCUUGCCUUUUUGGGAAGCAUCAUCUGUCCCCACACCAGGGGAUCCAUCGGGAGCUGUCACCACCUCUGGGACACGGGGCUGUGGGGAGCAGCGGGGCUGUGGGGAUGGAAGCUACAGGAAAUAGGGAUUUUGACCUUCAGGCUCUGUCACCCCUCAGCCCGUGUCACCUCUCAGUCAGUGUCACCUCUCAUCCCCUGUCACCACAUCCUGGGGCCCCGCCAGCCCCGGGGGCGGGGGCGACACGUUCUGCCCCGUCCCCAUCCUGGCCCCGGCGGUGCCACGAGCGGGGCCGCGCAGUCCCCAGGGCGCGGUCCCCCCGGCGCGGUCCCCCCGGGACGGGUGGCGAUGCUGCCGGGGCGGCGGUGGCGCCGGGCCGGGCCGGCCGUGCCCCUGCGGGCGCUGUUCGGGUACCGGUACCGGGCGGAGAACGGGCGGGAGGUGGCGAUGGCCGCGGGGGAGCGGCUGCUGCUGCUCCGCAGGGCCACCCCAGACUGGUGGCAGGUGCGGCGGCCCGGGGACCCCCCCUGGGCGCGACCCUUCUUCGUCCCCGCCGCCUACGUGGCCGAGGAGGAGCCGGGUGACAGCGGGACCCGGAGCCCGCGGACCCCCGGGCAGCCCGCGGGGACGGGGGGGUGGGGCCUGGGGGGGCGGCAGUGCUGCUCGCCGGAGGACCUGUGUGCCCCCUCCGCGUCCCCCCCCCGCACCGUGGGGACCGGCACCGGCCAACUGGCAGGGGGGGUCACCCCCACCCCCGCGCAGUGCCAGUCCCAGCAGGACACUGGGGUGUCUCCCCCGGGACCCACCACGAUCUCCCGCAACCCGGACGGGCUGCAGCGGGAGGGGCGGGGGGCCGCGCCCCCCGUGCCGGCCGGGCCCCCUCUGCAGGUUUUGGGGUCCUGGGAGCGGCACCGGGACCCCGAGAGCGGCCGCUGCUUUUUUUACAGCCCCGAGAGUGGCACCAGCUCCUGGAAACCCCCCCGGCUGCAUCGGGACCGGCAGGUGAUCCAUGGCGGGAGCCUCGCCCACCACAGCCCUGAGGACUGGGGGGCCGACCUUGCCCAGGAAGCAGCCCCCCAAGAGCAGCAUGGAUUCAUGGGGGGCUGCCCUGGCCUGAACCCCGACCCCACAGAGCAGGAAGAAGGUCCUCCAGGCUCAGCUGACCACAAACAGGCCUUUUUUGUGUCCACCAAACCUGUAAAUCGUUGCCCUUUAAAGUAACAAGUCAGCAUCGGCUGAUUGCGAGAGAUUUGUUGUGCCCACAUAAUAUGUGGUAUGUUUGUACUGCCAAAACCUCCAGUGCGACAUCCCUCUCACUUCAGACCUUGUGCAGUGAAAUAAACCUUUUCUCCUGCUUUAAUGUGACAAGAAGGAUGAGGUGUCCAAGCCAUGACGUGAAUCUCCCAAGUAUUAUCAGCGUCAAUGAUUCCAGGGAGCACAAGAAGACCUGCAUGAGUUGUGGAUGAGCACCCUAACAAAAAUGCGCUGUAACCGUUCCCUAGCGGUCCCCAAACCCCCGUGGGGAGUAACUGCACAGCUGUAUCAGUUAACAAGACUGACUGGGAGAUGACCAGGUCCACUCCGGCACUCCCUGUGGUGGCUGGCAGAGAGCAGGGACACGGGGCCGGAGGAGGCGGCGGUGGAAGUGGAUGUGCGGGGCCGGGCUGAGCGCUGGAUUUGUGGGCGCGGCAGAAGCGGUGGCACAGGGUGAGGGGUUUAGCAGGGCUGUUCCCGAGGCACCUUGUGGUGAGUCAUUGUCAGCAGGAGGCAGAUAUAAAUCUGCUCUUUUUCAGAAUCGACCCAGGGUGGGUCAAGAGGAUCACUGGGGUUUGAGUCUCGGGUUGUGAGCGGGAAUUGUUUCUCUUUAGAAUCAUUCUUUGCGAGGGGUGCACCCACCAAAGAAAGUAAAUCAGUUCCAUUUGUAGCUUACAGGUGGCUUAAUGCCGAAAACACCUGUUGCCAUGUUGACAAUAAAUUUAAAGCUUUUUCACCUGG